AGCCGCGCGCUCCCGGGCGAUGAUGGGAGCGACGGGAGGGUGGGGGAGGAGUGACGUUGCACACCUGCUGCCAAGCAAGUCUCACCAUGGGAGUUACGGUAGCGGCGUGGCACGGCUAGCGAGGGGCGAACAGCAACGCCGGCAGCGGUCGACCAGGAGGAGCGGCUCCUCGAAUGCCAAGAUAUCGGAGGUGUAGUGAUGACAUCACGAUUUCGUGCGCUAGGUGGGAGGACAAACCACGUGCGUGUUCUCGAGAUGCCACGAGACAAACAUCGAUCAGAAGUUGUCUGCAAUGUUCACUUCCUGGAUAGUAGUGUGCAGAGCUUCAAAAUCAAUAAGCAAGACACUGGUCAAGUUCUAUUGAAUAUGGCCUAUAAACACCUGGAUUUGAUUGAAAAGGAAUAUUUUGGUUUACAGUUUAUAGAUGAUUCUUUGGAGUGUCCUAGGUGGCUUGAACCGAGCAAACCUAUCAGGAAACAGCUUAAAGGGGAUGCACUAAAUUUUCGAGUGAGAUUUUUUGUAACUGACCCAAAUUCUCUACAACAAGAACAGACAAGGCACUUGUACUUUUUACAACUGAAGAAAGAGUUUACUGAUGGACGAUUACAUUGUCCUCACAGUAAAGCAAUAUUACUUGCUUCCUAUGCAGUCCAAUCUGAACUUGGAGAGUACAAUCCUUCUGAGCAUCAUCCUGGGUACAUAGAAAAAUUCAAUUUUAUACCCGACCAAAAUCCAGACUUUCAAAUCAAAGUGAUGUCUUUGCACAAGCAACACAGAGACCUUAAACAAUCUGAAGCAGAACUUAGUUAUUUAAAUAAAGCAAAGACCCUUGAAUUUUAUGGUGUGGAAUUACAUAAUGCAAAGGAUCAUGGAAAUUUAGAGAUAAAGAUUGGAAUAUCUUCUGGAGGCCUUGGUGUCUAUAGAAAUUUGGUUCGGAUCAAUUUUUAUCCCUGGGUAAAUAUAACGAAGAUUUCUUUCAAGAGGAAACGAUUUUACAUUCAACUAAGGCAAAAACCUAAUGAAUCCCAAGAGGGUGUUGUUGGAUUUAAUGUGCUCAAUUAUAGAGCAUGUAAAAUUCUCUGGAAAUCUUGUGUAGAACACCACACAUUCUUUCAAGCAAAGCAGCUACCAACUCGAGAGAAAAAAGUACUUACGGACUAUUUUACACUUGGGCACAGAAGCCAGAACAGGAUUAUCAAAAAUCAGUCCUGCCAUCGUGUCAUUGGUGGAAUGGUGUGGAAUCCAAUAUUAUGGAAGUCUGUAUCUGUGGAACAGCUGGAAACCAGAAGUCUUCCUUCUCGCUCUCCGCCAUCUACACCUGAUUGGCGGAGUCCAAGAAUAAGGCACGAUGCUCAAAAGCCACGGCAUUCCUCCGUCGAUAACCUUGCCUCAGAAAUGGCAUAUAUCACAGAGAGUGAAGAAGUUUUUUAUAACUACAAGAUGAACAUUCCAAUGAACGCAAAUAAAACUGAUGCAUUUUCCUUUGCAAAAUCUACAUCACACAGCUGGUCGGAGGAACAACGAUCACCAAAGACAUGUGGAGAAGUGCAAGAACUGUUUUCUGAUACCAUCAAAGGACAACGGCGAUCACUAACAUGUUCAGUAAAUGGUGUGGAUACUAAUAUACCAAAAGAUGAUCUCGCAGUUUCUCACACACUGGCUGGUGUUGAUUUGCAAUUUCUCGAAGCCUAUGAGUCGACAGCACCAGGAACAAAUGAGGAUGAAAUGGCACCAGGCCAAUACUACUGUGAUUUCAAGAGUGAUGCAGUAAUCCAUGAUCGUAAUUUGCUUUUAGUUCGAAUGAUACCUGAUGAGGAUGGAAAGUUUGGGUUCAACUUGAAGGGUGGAGCUGAUCAGAAAAUGCCGCUUAUUGUCUCAAGAGUAAGCCCAGGGUCACCUGCUGACAUUUGUGCAUCCAAACUGAAUGAAGGAGAUCAAAUCUUAUUAAUUAAUGGCAGAGAUAUCUCUGACCAUACACAUGACCAAGUUGUUAUGUUUAUAAAAGCAAGCAGAGAAUCACACUCCAGAGAACUUGUACUUCAAGUCAUACGAGAAGUUGUAAGCAGUCAUUUGGAUGAAAAUAUGGAAGACAGAACAACUUUCCAACAUUUUCCCAGUAAUUCCAUCUAUCCAGUUUCUUCUGAAUAUGGAGAUUCAUUGGAAGAAUCAAUGAUUCAGCUUCGGCAAGGACUUGAAAGUGGAGCUAUACUAAAUCAGUUUGAUCAAUUGUACAGAAAAAAGCCUGGUUUAAUAAUCUCGUGUGCAAAGAUGACAAAGAACAUGGACAGGAACAGAUAUAAAGAUGUAUUACCAUAUGAUGUCACACGGGUUAUAUUACAUGGAUCAGAAAAUUAUAUUAAUGCUAAUUAUGUAAAUAUGGAAAUCUGUUGUAGCACUAUCGUAAAUAAGUACAUAGCAGCCCAGGGUCCACUUCCACAUACCUGUCCCCAUUUUUGGCAAACAGUCUGGGAACAAGGAUCAUCAUUUAUUGUCAUGUUAACGACGUUGACAGAAAGAGGACGGGUGAAAUGCCAUCAGUAUUGGCCAGAUCCUCCCGAAAUAAGCACAUAUGGCAAUUUUCAGGUGACGUGUCACUUGGAAGAUUGUAGCAUCGCCUACGUUGUCAGAGAAAUGACACUUACUAAUUUAGAGACAGGACUAGAACGUGUUGUCAGUCAUCUUCAAUAUGUGGCGUGGCCUGAUCAUGGUGUUCCUGAUGACUCAAUGGACUUCUUUGACUUUGUGACUUUCGUGAGAAAGAAACGAAUUGGAAGGGAUAAUGAGCCAAUUAUUGUUCAUUGCAGUGCUGGAAUUGGUCGUACUGGUGUUCUUAUUGCCAUGGAGACAGCAGUGUGCUUGAUUGAAAAUGGCCAACCUGUGUACCCGCUGGAUAUUGUUAGAAGGAUGAGGGAUCAACGAGCUAUGAUGAUACAAACAUCGAUUCAAUACAAAUUUGUCUGCGAAGCCAUCCUGCGUGUUUACGAAGAAGGUUUAAUUCGACCAUUGGAAACAGUCCACAAAGCAAGUUGGUAGUGUUGUUGGAAAAUCUGAAACAAAAGACCAAGCCUCAGUUCUGGGCCUGCCUCAUAAAUCUGAAAGGAAACCUACUGGAUGAUUGACAGGCCUACCUCGUCACACUGUUUAAAUAAGGAGUAUGUUUGGAUAUCUUUGGUAAAAAUAUGAUAUCUUUUAGUACACUGUUUUUGUUAUGUAUCCUUUUGAAAAAAGUACUGAGAACCUCACUGCAUUAUGAAAUUGGAAAGAUGACAUCAAUUAACUUUAAUCCAAACAACAAUUGGUUUGUUUAAAUGUUGAAAAUGGAAGAAAUGUUUCUGAAUAAUGCUGCUAACUUUAAUCAACUAAUUAUAAUUCAUUGAAACAGUUGAUUUAUGAUUUUUUAAGAUGUUAAUUUUGCAGAGUAAAUGUCUCAUGCUCUAUGUGAUGAAAAUUACUUUGAACUGCAAUGUGCUACAUUUUUCUUACAAUUUGUAUUAUUUAAACAAAAUAUAAUGUACAUACAUGGUCACUUUGGCUUUAAGGCAACUAUAUUUGAUUUUGUAUAUUGGAUGCUACUGAUUAGAUUAAGAUAUGAAUUAUCCUUAUAACGUUUCUCUCAAAAUCUGGUCCCCAAUUUUAAAAUCUGGUUUUAACUUGGUAAUUAGUUUUAUAUCCUUGAACUACAACCUUUCUUGAUCAGUACUUAAAAUGUCCACAGAAUAAGAUGUUUGCUUCAGAGUGAGGAAAAACAUUGUGUACACGAUUCUGAGGUGAGGCAAUUCUAAUACAAAGGAUUAAACAGUGAAACCUAAAAAUAGGUCCAUCUGCAGUUGUACAGGGCCCUAGUGAGACCACACCUGGAGUAUUGUGUACAGUUUUGGUCUCCAAAUUUGAGGAAGGACAUUCUUGCUAUUGAGGGAAUGCAGCGUAGGUUC